AUGUGGCUGAGAGAAAGUCUACAAGCCACCGCAGUGGAAGUAUCUAUCAAACGGGAUAGCAAGGCUGCAUCGCCGCGAGAUAUUGAUGCUUUUGUUGUUCAAACGCCACAUCUCAAGCUCUGCACCUCCUUGGAUGUCCUCAAGCGUCACUUUGGUGACUCCUCCCUCGACAACCGCAGUGCCAUUUCAGUCAGGUUUGAAGGUGUCUCACAAUGGGUUUUGGACGUUUUUCGCCACAUUCCACUCGAAAUUCGACCUCCUGAGCCCGUCACCCGCUCUGGUAUGUCUAAUGACCAUAGCCUCCGGCGAUGUGGAGUGUGGGUGCAUCCGCAAUUUGAGGGACGAACUAUCCUUCGACUCGAGGGGAUUGCGCCUGCAGGGAACGAAAGAGUCAUGGGAUUCACGGAAUUCGUCCAGAACAACCUCCACGCUUCAGGCAUGCCCGAUAUCCGGGUCGUGGGAUCCGUCUGCUCAACUAUGGCAGGGUUAACGGCCGAGGUCGCGGUUCGCGCGAGCGUUCCAGACCACUCCGUUGUCAGCCAGGAGUCUCGACUUUCUUUCGCAGGGUCGUUGUCAUGGAACGCAUCCAACACGCGUGUAGAAUUUGCCGCUUCGAUCUCGGACUCUCGUGGGUCCCUUUUCCUCCAGCCCCCCGAGACUAUGACUGUCAAAGACGUUGCCAACUGGGCAGUGGGCCGGUUCAGCUCUUCAAUGCGUGUAGAAGAUCGUCAAGAUGCUUCCAUGAUGGAGGGGAGCUUCAUGGAUGUUCUGGGCGACAUAGCGAAGUCCAUCGUCCCCCGACAGCUAUCUCUGACUAUUGGCGCAGGCUCUGCCUUGACUCCCUUUCAAAUUGACGUCGAACUUAGGCUCAAUCUUGGCGCGAAAGAUAAUAUUUAUCCCUUCCGGGAGGCUUUCUUAGAGAUCUCGCUAGAUACUACUAAUGCUGUCGACGCAAUCUUCCUUCCACAGUUAUUCGACAAGGAAGCUAAUGUAGAUGACUUUCUGAAGGGGAUCCCCCUAACCUUACGAAAUGCGUCCGUUAAAGUCAGUCUGGGAGACUGGAAGAAGUUAGUUAUUAGGGGUCGGCUGCAGUGCUCAGCCCUAGGUGUGGAAAGUGAUGUUAUGCCGACCGUUUGGCUGGACGAAUUGCAGCUGUUCUACAUGAGAGACUUUUCGACAAAAUCGACCGAAUUCGAGCUCAGGGGUAACAUCAACCUAAAGGCGCCCGAUUAUGUGUUUUCCAUCCAGCGGUCGGCGAUCGUCUGCGUCUACAUUGACUACAAUGAGGACAGCUGGACGCUAUCUGCCGAUGCUGUCGACGUGCAAACUGCCAACUUCUAUUCGUUGCUCCCCAUUGACGUCUCCAAUCAAGCACUGAUGAAACUCAUGUCGGAUGUCUGGGUUCCUGAGAUUUCCGUCAUAGUCAAGUUCGCUAAUGGGAAGGCAAAGGCUACCAACAUCGAUGGCAUUUUCGCCAUUAGACCGCUACAGAUGUUCCUUAACUACUACUACAGCUCGGAGGAGGGAUAG